UUGCGUUUCAAGCCGAUUGCACGCGCUUCCAGCUUUCAGUGGCACCCUCUCGAGUUUGAAGAGGUGUGUCGGUGGCUCGUAAGUAUACGAGCUCUCGCUUAUACCGUCAGCGGUAGGCUGUGCUCUGUACACUACUUCAUUAUAUUGAUAGAUAGAGCCCGGCUUUUCUGCGCGCCUCGUUGAGCCCCUUGAUAUAAACCACGCGUCUGGCGUUGACGUGCCCGACCGUACUACCCGUUUGCCGUGCCGGUCGAUAGCACACUUCACUGGACUUGUUGAUAACCCGAGCCGUCGAGUGCUAUAGUGACUGUCCCUAACAAAAGCGGUGCAUCGCUUGUUUCGUGAGGGAUUAUUUCGUGGUGUCUGCGCGUUGUGUGCUGUCGGCAGGGAACGCGUUAAUUUUCUCUGCUGUGCGGUGUGCGCUACAUGAGUUUCGCGGUGUGGUUCUGUCGUGCCACCGUCACGGACUGACCUGCCAUCCCUUUUGUUCUUCGCCAUAAGCGUGAAAUACGCCGGGCGGUGUCACGAACUGUCAAGUCUAGCGAGAAGAUCGUACGCUGCCUGGUUAGUUCCUUCCGGUAAGAUCAGAACGCUUUCAAAAAACCCCUCUGACAGAUUGUUGAAAGCGGUUUGAAAGCGCCCAUUCUUGCAGGACAGCUGGAGGACGUCGACCGGAUAACGGUGUUCCCCGUGAAAGAAAGUUUGAAAGCGCCGAUUUGCCCGGCUGGCUGAAGGAUAUCGACUGGAUAACGGUGUUGCCAUAGCGAAAGGAGGUUGUAGUUGUCGAUUUGACAAGAUAACUGCUGGACGUCGACAGGAUAACGGCGUUGUUCCUAGCAUCGCUGUUACUUUAUGUACAGGACUGGACAGUGAACAGCAAUGAAGGCGGAUUAGAGGAGAGAAAGCCCAAGCCGUGCCCCCAUUGAGCUUGCGCGGGACCCCCUUUGCUUACGCGGAUACUUGUUUUGGAAACGUGUUUAAACUGGGAGGGGCAUUGUUUAGGGGGCUCCCCGAUCUCGUGGGACGAAAACAGGAAGGGCCUGCAAUGGAGUGUCGCAUACCUGGCCGCUGAGUUACCUUCGGAAUCUUCGAGCGUUCGUGCACCGGAGGUCGUCAGGGAUAUGCGUCGGUAGCACGCCUUACGGACAGGCAAGACAAGUACUGCGCAUGCGUGAGUGACGUUUUCCGGCUACUGUUGUUGUUGCAACGCCCUUUGUCUCUUGGCUUACGGCGUCAGAAGUCGAAGCAGAUUACCCUCCGAACUGCGCAGACCGUAAUCCGCGCCCCUGAAGCUUGCUCAUUCUUUCUUUGUCGUUGCCGGUGCGCUACGUGGUGGGCCUGAUCGACGUCACACCGCCUGACUAAAGCCAACGAGGCGAAAUUCAAGCAACAUUUAUUCAUCGCUACUCGCUGCAAAGGCUUGCGGGAUUUCUGUGGGCCACUGCUGAGUGUUCUAUAAGGUGUGAAUACAGGGUUGCGCGUUUCAAGUGCUCAGCCUUCUUGCGGUUCUGUCGGUGUUUAGCUUCUUCGCAUUUCCGCAAUGUGGCGCUGCGCGCGUCGGCACUGGUGACGUAUUCUGUAGGAGCCUGCCGGGCCUGUGUGCCGCUGUUUUCGCAGUGUUUCCCAUCUUCAGGUUGCGUGCGUAGUGCUGCGAAAAACUCCAGCGGGGGAGAAAGAGCAGAUGAAAAGAAGCAAGCAAACAGACAAACAAGCAAGCAAACAAACAAACAAACAGACACUGUUUCGUUCCUUGUAGCUCCUGUUGGCAAGUGGUUCGUCUUUAUCUCGUCAUACACGCGUGCACAUAUUUACGUGGACUGUUGUGAGACAGUGCAGGAAAGCCUCCUUCAGAGCGCAUUAUACGCUGGAGGCCUAGUCUGGCAGACUUGAAACUUGCAAGCGUCUAUCCGUGUGGUUGACACGCGCGUUUGACGGAUUCGAGGAGAAAUCCCCCUAAGGAUCAACGUCUUGUCGGUUCCCUUGAGCCGUCUGCGCCACCAUCUGCUUAGCCCUUCCCGGAGAAAGAAACAAAAAAAAAAAAACUGUAUCGCAUACAUUUCGACCCUACUCCGAGCCUCAGGUGCUAGCCUUCUUCGAUCUGGUGCUCAGGACGACUCGGUUGUGCGACUUAAGUUUUUGCUAGUCGUUAGCUUCUUGGGUGCUUGGAUCUCUUCUGCCGCGGUUCUGAGAUUUAGGCGUAAGCCAGGUGUUUCUUGGGUGCUUGCGAGAAGAAGAAAAAGUAUUUAACUGACUUGGCUGAAUUUUAUCCUUUUUCGCUUUUGGUGCUACAAGAAUCGCAAUAACGGACUUCGAUAUCGUCUUACUGCAUUUCCUUGCUUCUUUACUUUUCCUUCUUCUUACGUCACUUGGUCGGCUCGUAGCCGGCGCUAGGGGGCACCACUGUGCUGGAUACUAUAGAAACUUCUCCACUCUUCAAAAAGUCCUCACACGACAAGGAGAGGCAGCUUUAGAAGCUUCCUUUUAUUAAGUGUGUCCUUUCGGUUCGGAUAUUUGCACCUUUUUCCUUUUCAUAGUCAAGUCAUUCUCGUGCAAGCCAGAGUAGAAUAUAUAUAUUUUUUUCAUUUCUGCAUGUACUCUCGUUCUUACCGGCCAAAGUAUUGCGUUUAUUGUCGAGUUUCAUCUGCAUGCGUAUUCAAAGCUUCGAACUGCAACUCGUCGGGUGACUUUUCAAGGGACUGUUCUGAGAGUCUUUUUUUUUUUCUUCUAAUCUUUCUGCGUUGUCACGGCAACCAUUUGCGAAAGUUAGUCGCGUCUUAAAAGUUUUUCUGUCGUACGAAAUAAGAUCUCGGAAUCGUUAUGUAGUAUCGCUGUCGCGGUUUCGUAUUUCGAAGAGGUCGUUCUUUGGCACGCGUUUUGGAAAUCGACGUGCGUAUCGAAGGAACCAAAAAAAAAGAAAGAAGGCGCUCUUAAUGAAGAAAUAAUAAGAGGAACAGUGAAGUGACUCGCUUGUCAUUUGAGCCUGCGAAAAGGAUCGCAACACAACUCUGGUGCUCAGCUUCUCAAGCAGUGCGAAGAAACGUUUAAGUAAAUAGAUUUAAAAAAGAAUCGGUAGAGUCCGUGGAACUCUUCCUACUUUGGUCGCUGGAAAGAGAACUUCGGCGACAUUCUUCGACUUUGAGCCAAGCCGCCAGGUCGAGUGGCUGCAACUGUGCCUUGCGAUCGAUAUUUCUCGGCACACGUUUUCCUUGUAGUUGGCUUUUAGUUCUUAGCUGAUAUUGAUUCGUGACGGCCAAGGUUUCUCCUUUAACUCAGCGGUCCCAAAUACACAAAGGUUCUCGACUCGAACGCAGCAAGGAGCCCAAUGUCCAAGAGAGUCGCUUCGCGACAUUCUUCGCUCCGAUAUUGUAAGACGGGGCUAUACGGCUGAGAGGAAACCUCGUGGAAAAUCAAUCAGCCCACUGGUCAGUUGGUGUGUCGGUAAUAUCGGUUAUCAAAAUUAGUUCGUUUGGCACGUAAAUGACAACGUUGUCACUGAAGACGAGAUUUAGUCUGAUGUACGUCAAAUUAGUGUGCACCUGCGCUCGAACUAUUUUUAAUCCCCUGUCAUAGACGUAACUGAUAUUUGCAAUAUUUUCUGUUAUUUUUUGUCAGCCCUGUUUGUUCGUCUACAAGUGUUAUACAGGGCUCUCAAGAGAAGUCAGUGUCGACUUAAAAAAAUACACAGUAUGCACUUUCUUCCGGUUCGGUGCUGAUAUGCUACGCUGAUCUCGAGGCUCGUGCAGUUUCAAGCACGCGUGUAAGAACUUGCCGUUUCUCCGAUUUCGUGCGCCUAAAGAAGCAUUGUGUCUGAAGCCAGGAAGCGUCUGCCGUACCUGUGGAUCGAACUUUGUAGCAGCUCACUAUUUCCUUCGAAAAGAAGCAGAGUUGACAUCGGCAACUUGCGUACGGGGACUCGCAGCUGUCUCUUCGCUUCAGGUCUUCAAAACACCCCCCGAGGCUGCUUCCUUCUAGCGCGACGAGAAGUCCCGCUUGAAUCUUGUAAAGCCGCGUCGCGUGAGUUGAGAAUAUGCGCUAAUUUUGCGCUCCUCAGAGACUGCUCGCGCAGGUCCGCGCGUUAUCGAAGUCUCUGUGCAUUCGGUGCGAAACUUGCGAUAACGAGAGGAAGCCAAGGACCGGUGCACGACCUCGCGUUAUCGUUAGGUGUUGCGCGUCGUCGGCGCUGCUGGCUUUUGUCUUCUGCACGCGUCGUCUGCUUUGUAGAGCGCUUGCACCGCGUGUCUGUGCACCCAAGCCUACACGUGUCGUCUGUUAUAUACGGAUACUGUGUCGCCUGGAAAGAAUACCGCGUCGUCUGGAAGCUCGCGGCUCGGCAGGGGCCAUCUGCUUCUGCUGCUGCUGACGUCAACCUAAGUUUUUUUUUAGGCAUCUGCAGACGCUAAAUUCUAGCAGUGCACGGUGUCACGACGCCGUGAGCGGUGAAUCUUCGUUUACGCUCCUCGCGUAACGUGUCUCAAACGCUUUGCAUCGUACUUCUGCAACUAAAGUGGAUUUCUUCUGAUCGUCUGCAGCGUUGGUGUUACUGAGCUCGUAUUCUGUUUCAACCGGAGCCACGCAGUGCGAACGUUUCAAAUCGUCCGUUUCCUAGGCUACCGAGCUCAUUUCCGCCAGCAAACUGCGUCCUGUGCAAUCGAAAACGUAACGACUGCGUCGUGCGCUCUCAACACAGCGAGACCGUAGGUUCGCCCUGUUCGACGCUACGGUGGCCAUUGUAUUGCUGCGUCACGUUCGGCGAACUUCUCUCGUGCGCUUAUUGGUGGUUCGAUGUGUUGUGAAAACCGCGACGUGAAGUGCAAUUGUGUGGUGUAACAGUGAUCACCGUUGUAUCUUGACUGGAGCGUGCACACUCGUUGUCGUGCUGGCAUCGUAGUUCAUCCCAGUCUAAGGAGUUCACGAACAUCGCCAGUAUUUCUCGUCUAAGGACACGGCAUAGCUCACCGGCCAGUGAUAACGGACGUGGAAAACUUCGCCGACGCGCUACUUCAGUCGCUGCAAUGGACAUCAUCCUGUUGACGAACUCUUCCACGUGAACUGUUUGCGAGCGCCGUUGCUAGGCAAUAGAACAGCCAUGAUUCAGCGCCAGGAGAGCACCAUAUACGAGGAGGACAUGCCUGUGGUGAUGCGCCGCCGUGGUGUGACCAUGCGCGUGCGCAUCGUGAGCGUCGACUCGCCCACAAACUCGGCGCCAGCGUCGCCCUGGACGUUGGACUCGUCCUCCACGUCUCCAGGCGGCGCGCUGAUCGGCAGCACCGGGCCGGGCGCUUUCCUCUCUCGGACGCCCCCCAACUGCUCGCCGCGGCGCCUGGCGGCUGCCGACGAAACUUCCGCGGGUGGCGGCGGCUGCGACUUGAGUCCCGGCUGGAGCCCGCUGGGUCCCCGGCACGGCGUGCACCGCAGCCGGUGCAGCACCGAGCGGCGCCGGAGGGAAUCCCUGGCGUGCAUGCCUCCGUCGGCGGCGCUCUCUGGCGGAAGCCACCACCACUACCACCACGCCACGUCGCUGCUGCUGCACGGCGUGGGCAUCGCCGGGGGCGGGCAGCUGGGGCAGCUGCUCAGCUCGUCGUGCACGGCAUCCUUCUGCGCGGGAGCGCUGGCCACAGGGACGUCGGGGCAGUCGAAUUUGGUCCGUAUGCGAAGCUCGACCAUGGGACAGUCGGCCCCAAACCUUUCCCUUACUACAACGAAGGAGCUCAAUGUCUCCAGACGAGGAAGUCGGUGCUCGUCGGCUCGCAAGAGCCUCAUCUGCAAUACUUCCCCAACCCUUCCCAGGUGCCAUUCUCCCAUUCCACAGAGCAGCCCUCUGGACAGCCCCCGCAACAUGUCCCCGAGUCAACACUUCGCAUUCGCCCCCGUCAAAAAGGCGGACGGCCGGCGAUGGUCAGUCGCGUCACUGCCGUCAUCGGGCUAUGGGACCAACACACCCGGAAGCUCCAACGUAUCUUCCCAGUGCUCCAGCCAGGAGAAGCUGCACCUGCUGCCCUAUCAGCCAACGCCGGAUGAGCCGGCGGGCACUCCGGUUGGUGGUGGCCAUCCGCCGCACUACUUUCCGCCGCACCAGCACCACCAGCAGUACCACCACCCGUUCACGCACCACAUCCACCACCACGUCCACCAGUCGCGGCACUUCUCCAGCAACGAGAGCAACCCGGGCCUCGAGGACGAUGGCCACCAGCAGCAUGGCGGGGCCUCCACCUCGUCUGGAGCGCACGCCGCGGCCACGACGACGUCGUCGGGCUCUGCGUCGCCCAUCAUCAGGCCGCGGUCGCGUAGCCUCAGUAGUCCCAUGCGGUCACCCGGGAUUGACAACGAGAUUGUCCUUAUGAACAGUGUCUACAAGGAACGCUUCCCAAAGGCCACCCAGCAGAUGGAGGAGCGGCUGGAGCAGUUUGUGACGCAGGAGGCGGAGCUGGAUGCCCAGCACUCCUGCGACGCCGUCGCCCGCUUCGCCCAUCACCAGAUAAUCGAGCUAGCACGUGACUGCCUGCAAAAGUCUCACGACAAGCUCGUCACUUCGCAGUACUUCUACGAGAUGUACGAGAGCCUCGAGAAGCUGCUUGCUGAGUGCCAGGAAAAGUCACCGGAUGCUGCCCACCACCUCCGGAAACUCGUGCGCAAGUUGUUGCUCAUCGUGUCCAGGCCUGCACGACUGCUGGAAUGCCUGGAAUUCGACCCCGAGGAGUUCUAUCGGCUGCUGGAGGCGGCCGAAGGCCAGGCCAAGGUGGUGCAGGGCGUGUCCACAGACAUCCCUCAGUACAUCAUCAACAAGCUGGGACUGAAUCGGGAUCCCUUUGCAGAUCUGGCUGCAGACCUGCAGACUGCAGACCAACUUGACUCGGUGCCCGAGGUUGAAGAAAGAAAGCCACCGACCAAAACACCCUGCGAGGAUGACUUCGAUACCAUCAAACUCAUAAGCAAUGGUGCCUAUGGGGCCGUGUACCUGGUUCGCCACCGGGAGAGCCGUCAGCGCUUUGCCAUGAAGAAGAUCAACAAGCAGAACCUGGUCCUGCGCAACCAGGUGGAGCAGGUGUUUGCCGAGCGCGACAUCCUUAGCUUCACCGACAACCCCUUUGUCGUCUCCAUGCUGUGCAGCUUCGAGACCAAGCGCCAUCUGUGUUUGGUGAUGGAGUACGUGGAAGGGGGCGACGCGGCCACCUUGCUAAAGAACAUGGGUCCACUGCCCGUGGACAUUGCCCAGUUCUACUUUGCCGAGACGGUGCUUGCUGUAGAGUACCUGCACAGCUACGGCAUCGUCCAUCGGGAUCUCAAACCCGACAAUUUGCUCAUCACUAACAUGGGCCACAUCAAGCUGACUGACUUCGGUCUGUCCAAGGUUGGACUCAUGAACUUGGCCACCAACCUGUAUGAAGGCUACCUGGACAAGGAGACCAAGCAGUUCAACGACAAGCAGGUCUACGGUACACCCGAGUACAUCGCCCCGGAAGUCAUUCUUCGACAGGGAUACGGCAAGCCCGUGGACUGGUGGUCGAUGGGAAUUAUUUUGUACGAAUUUCUAGUCGGCUGUGUGCCCUUCUUUGGGGAGACCCCCGAAGAACUCUUUGCUCAUGUCAUCAAUGACGAGAUCGAGUGGCCAGAGGACGACGACUGGUCACUGCCUGAAGACGCCCGGCACCUCGUCUCCCAGCUACUGCAGCAGAACCCGCUCGAUCGCCUGGGCACAGGGGGUGCACACGAGGUCAAGGAACACCCAUUCUUCAACGACGUCGAUUGGGACUCCCUCCUCCGGCAAAAGGCUGAAUUUGUGCCCCAACUCGAAGAUGACGAGGACACCAGCUACUUUGACACACGGACCGACCGGUACCAGCAUGACGACUCUGAAGACCACGAUGAUGGGGAGGAGCACACGUUCUCGUCUUUCUCGUCAUGCUCGCCACGCUACCGAAAGGUCUACUCCCGCAUUGAGAAAGAGCUAGAAGAAGAGAACCUGCUCAGGCAUGUGUGUGAAGAAAGCCACCGCCGCUCGCUCAGCCGCACGGACUCUGCUCCGUCGGACUCCAGCGGAGAGUCUACGCUCCUCCGCACCCCAGCGCCUGGAGCAGGGGAUGCCUCCACGCGGCGGCUGUCUGGCUCGUCGCCUGAGCUUCCACCGCCGGGCGGGCGUCCGCUGUUGACGAGCACCCCAGAGUCAUCGCAAACGGAAUCGGAUGAGGUGUCCCCCCAGGUACAGCGGAGAAGACGGCCAGGCAUCGCUGAUCUGCCUCGCUUCGCCCUCUCCGUUGACCGGGAGGACACAUCACGCCGAUCCCAUCACCGCUUGUCAGCACCCUUGCCCCUGCCUCUGCCUGCCACCGCCACCACUUCAGCUGCUGCCACUGCACCGACCUCGCCGGCGGUCGCCACCACUGCAGGCGAGCCCCGGGAGCUCUCUCCUGUCGCGGAGCGAUUGGCCCGAACCGACAAGGGCCAGCGCACUCCUGAGCCCAAAACCAGCGAUACCAGCGGAGGGAGCACCAGCAGUAGCGGCACCAGUACAGGCACCGGCAGCACCCUUGGGGCCACCGGACCGAGAACACCGGAGAAGGCAGCCAGCGGCUCGCCACGAUCGACGCCCAAGCUGGCAGCCACGCCCCCUAUGCCAACACCCUCACCACCCAUCAAGCUGCGCUCGCGCUCGGUCAUCAAGUCUGCGUCGGCAUCGGGCCUUUCGCUCAUGAUCCCUUCUGAUGACCUCAGCGCAGCAGCUGCUGACUUGUCCAGCAGCAUACACUCAGGGGUGCUUGGCUCGCCCGGCGGCUCAAGCACGAGCUCGCGUGACACGUCGCCAAGCCGGGAACUGAGUCCACUAGUGGCACAACUCAAGCCCCCCAUCAUCAUCCAGAGGGGGCCACGGGGUUUCGGAUUCACCAUCCGGGCCAUCCGUGUCUACUAUGGAGACUCGGACGUCUACACCGUCCAGCAUCUUGUCAUGGCGGUGGAGAACAACAGCCCGGCGUUCGAGGCGGGCCUGCGGCCCGGCGACCUCAUCACUCACAUCAACGGCGAGGCGGUGCAGGGUCUGCUGCACCCACAGGUCCUGCAGCUGAUCCUGGCCGGCGGGAGCCGCAUAAACAUCCGCACCACGCCCCUGGAGAGCACCUCCAUUCGCACAGGAGGCCGCAGGCGCAACCCCACGACCAGCCGGCUUGCCCGGCGGAACACGCGCCAGCGACGCGUCUCCCAGGGACCUGCAGCCACACUGGGAACCAAGCUCCAGGGUUCACCGCCGGCAAUCGGGUCAAAGCCGGUUGACAAGAAGAGGCGUGCAUCUCUUCUCCGGCGACUGAGCAACAAACGUGCCAGCGCCGAGAUCCAGCAGCUCGUGAGUGCGGCUGUGUCAACUCCGACCGGACUUGCUCCGAGCCGGAGCUUUCAGUCGCUUGCCGAUCCUGGCAGCGCCUCACCUCCACCACGGAGUGGUGGCAUCACCGUCAGCUUCAUCAAAGAGAGGUCCUCAUCCGACUCGUCGCACUCUACGAGCAAUUCCUCGCCAAGCAGCUCGCCCAGUUCAAGCGUGCCAAACUCGCCUGCUGGAAGCGGGGCAAUACCACCGGGAGCUGCUGGCGGACCAGUUGCAGCAGCAGCAGCAUCUGUUCAGGCCCAUUUUCAGCGGCCCAGCUCGCUGCACGGGCUCAAGCACAAGUUGGCCCAGACCUUCCGGUCCCCGCGCCGAAAGUCUGUCGGUCACAUACCACUCUCGCCGCUUGCUCGCACCCCGUCUCCGUCGCCACUGCCGGUAAUCAGUCCAACACGGUCGCCAUCCCCACUAGCCUUCCCUCCGGGACAGGCUCCACCAGCUCACCAUUCUCACCAUCCACAUCACCACGCGCAUCAUCCGGCAUCCGUAGUGGCAGUCCAGUCACCUCAGGUGUUUACGGCAGGCCGGAAACCGUCGCCUCCGACGCUCGUGCCAGCAGCGGCCACUGUGACUUCGUCGGCACGCAAGUCACUGAUGAGACCCAAGAGUGCAGAGCCCGGCUCUCCCUUGUUGAGGCGAGCCCUCUCGCCAGACCGCCUCCAUCCGAAGUCGGCAGAAUCCAAACCAAGACGAGAAUCUUUCUGCACGCAUGCGUCACCACUGGCCCUGACGUCAACACCUUCCACAUCGCAAGGCUCGCCACCGCGAGUGGUGUCUACUAAGACUGGCAGCCUGUUGUCUCGAAGUACGCUCACUUUGUCGCCAGCAGGGGGAACACGAAUUCCAAAGUCGGCAAGCACGCUGGUACCCGGAGAGGAGGGCGGCGAGGUAAAGCCACAGGGUGGCCGAGCCCGCAGUCACUCGCAAAGUGAAGUCGAAAGCCUCGUCGAUAAUGACGACGAUGACACGGCCACGACUUCUGCUGAAAGACCCCCCUCGCCACUACAGCGUUCUCCAAAAGAGCGGGACCUGUCUGCAGGCUGCACCGAACUUCCGCCCGACGUCCCGUCCUUUACAGUGACGCCUAGCACUCCCCUUCCGACUGCUGACAGUGAAGACGGUUCUUCUGGCAGUGAAGUGCGUAGUGGUGUGCAGUGUGACGACGGUGUCACUACAGCAACUACUACAACCAUCUCCACAAGCCCAGCAAUGGCAUCGGUCUCCACUACAUCGAGCGCAGCCACAACUGCAAAAAAGCCCGCAUCGCCAGCGAGUACAUCUUGUGCCGCCACGGCCACUGCUGUAACUCCGAUGCCACCGCAGGCAUCUGCAGCACAGUCUGCAGCGGCGAGCAUGAAACGGCCUCCGUCAACAGCAGCAGCUCAACCCAAAGGCAGUUCUACUUCAUCGUUACCGCAGCCGGCUUCUUCAAAUGGUGCUAGUAAAUCCCAGCCUUCGCAACUGAACCCAGCAGAGACUGGUCCGAAGCAGGUGGCGGAGACAAAAAGGGCGCCUUCGAAACAACCGGCCAGCAGUGAACAGAGGGCAUCUGGUGUAGUGCCACAGAACAAGUCAAAAAGCACACCGGAACCAGCACACACGACGAAACAGGCUAAGUCGUAGCUUCACUGGUGGGAAGAGCAGUGCGGUUUGGCGCUUGCUAUGUGCUCUGAGCAGCCUUGUGCUCUCACUAGCGUCACUGAGGCAUGCUCGCAGUAUUUAUUAUUGCAUUGCAGCGUCGUGCAGUCCCAGAUCUCUACCAUACCUAACUCCUUAGUGGCUUGACCAGGCCCACAGAGUUACUCCCCACCCCCCCAAACUCCUGUUCUUUUUGUCUCCUCUGGGAGCGGCACUACCUUCUUGCGUUUCGUCGUGUGGCCCGCAUCCUAGAUGCAACCAGUCAGUCAAGUCAGUGACGAGGCCAUUCCCGUGUGUAAAGUGUGCAUCCUCUCGACGCUUAGCCCUUCCUCCCGAGUUUUUGACUGUUCCGCUUCUUUUGUUUUUUUGUUCACAUGAUGAAGAGCGAGAGAUGUUUCUCGCGACGUGUUGAGUCUGUGGUUUUUGCGUAGCGUGUUCUACACUUGUUGACGGUUGUUACGUUUGCCAUCGGCGCAGACGGCGAGUUUUUCCAGUAUCUACACGCCGCCUGCCCUGCGCCGCUGUAUUUGCGCUUUUACUCUCGCCCAGCUGGCUUUAUUACCAUUUUCUCUAGCUGUGAAGUAGCAUUUGACGUCCUUUUGCUGCUCUUGUAUGACCCCGCUGCAUGGAAAACGCUGUUGCCAUCCGGAGGAACUGGUCGUGGCAGGUUCGGACCUAAGUUGUAAUGCAGUUCUUUGGCUGGUAAGAACCUGUGCACACGCAGUGCAACUUUAUGCGAGACUCCUAAACAAAAUCAAUGGCACUAUAGUGGCAGCCCUGCACCCUUAAUUCUGCAUAAAUUGCUCCCGAUUCGAGUUAUGCCAAGACACGUCGUUGAUAACACAGAAGCAGCUAGCAUAUGCUACUCUUGUUAUAAAAUUAUCGAGGGUUGCCACAAAGCUUAUGAAAUGUGGUGUUCUGCCACCAAAGAGCUGGCAAACUGGCCCUGGCUAAACGUUAAAUUUCUUGGCUACUUGCACCACAGUUUGGAAAGAGCUCAGUUCACGAAACUACACCUCCAUGCAGCGGAGUGCAACAGGAAAGUCAUUCUUCUCGGGUGUGUUCUCUUUGCCGUGUAUUGUGCGUGCCGAUUGUGUGUUUAUAGUCUUCAUUUCGCAACGAUACCACCAGGCCAACUCUGUGCGACCAUUUUUCCGGCAACGUGCAAUCACACCGUGAUCAUUCUUCUAUCCUCUCCCAUACAUCAUUAAAGUGAGAACACAUUGUUGUCCAAAGCCUGUCUCCCCCUCCCCUCCCCCCCCCCCCAACUCCCCCUCCCCUUAUGGUAGUGCAAUCGAUAUCAUUGCAACCACCACAGGUUUGUUCAUCAUACCUCUUGCAUCACCAUACCUCUUGCAUCACUGGGUCCUUUCGUUUCUGUUCUUUUUUUUCUCUCCUGUGGUCAUCCUUGCCCGAUCUUUUGACCACUACUAGGAGAUUACUAAAGCCAACCAAAUUGAAUGUGCGAACGGUAGCUGAAGUGAACAACCAGAGAUGCAAAUCGUAACACUUUUGGCCAGACAGCACCAACGCUUUUUUCGCAACCAAGGCACAUGUGAUUGCGUAGAGCAGUUUUGCCAAACUAGAAUUUUACUGGCAAGGCUGUCAUAGGCUCGUGUUAAGUGCUCCUCAGUGCAAAAAAGCCAUGUGCUCGUUCAAGCCAUGGUCUAUGUCUAAAGCUCCUGACCGCCAGCAAAAUUACAUAAGCAGGCGAUCAGGAAUGUUGCUUGUAACCUGCUUGCUGUAAUCAGCAAGCAGAUUACAUAGUAGGCUUGCACAUAAAGAAUGGUGAAGGCUCAGACUUAGCGUGCUAGACAUGGUAAAAGAGGGCAGUAGACCUCAUACAAUCACAAGGCAAGAGAAUCAGUACCAUACAGUCAGUGUUCUAGCUGUACAAACAAGUCUGCUUGCCAAAUUUCACUUGCGUAUCUUGCGAGCUGUUGUGGCGAUCAACCAAAUUCCAUUACUUACGACCAUUGUUUACGUUCAGCUACCAUUGUUCUUUGCUUGAUUUGAUGCGCCAGAUUCAAUUACGCCCCCCUAUACUGCUUCAACGCGAAGCAAGUAUGAUCGCAUUCAUGGGUACUUCUAGAAUGACUGGUGCUUACAUUACACCGCACCGACAUAUCAACCGUCAACGUUGUUUUUGCAACUCUGCUCCCUCUGGCCAGCUCUUUUUCUUUCAGCAGCGUUACCGUGGUUCCCUUAUGGCUCGCGAGCGCAUCGCGCUAACAUCGCAUCAAGACAGAUGUCUUGUAAAGGUUGCUUCAUGCUCUGCUGUCGCUGCAAAAUUUGGGAAAGAAACUGCCUAGAGGUUUGUUCCCUUCUUUUUUUUUCUUUUUCGACCUGCCACCUUAGAGCUUUUGUAGGUAACAGCAGGCAUUGCCAGCCAGAGACUUUAUUGGCAUUGUGCCAUAUGAUACGUGACGAGAGGUGAUCCUGUCCCGAUGUCAUGUGGUCUUCUGUAACAUAUUUCUUUCUCCAGUCACCCCACAUGCCUGUUUGAGUUUUUGCUGCCUGGGUUAAUUGACGUUUUUAUUUUAUUUCUCUCUCUCUCUCUCUCUCUCUCUCUCUCUCUCUCUCUCUCUCUCUGUCAACCUCCAAGACGCCUUGUUUCUGCGCUGUCUUUGCAUUCAAGGCAUGGGUGUAAACAGCGUGAACUGGAGUUUUGUGCCAUCCUGUUCCCACACUUUCUUCUUGCCUUCCUUGUUCAGUCAUCUAUGGCGGUGCGCUCUUUCUCAUAUACGAAUAAAAAAGAAAUCUUGUCGUCUCUGCCCCUUUUACACAAA